CAUGGUGUGUCGUCAGCAGUUUAUCUCAGGGCCUGGCUGGAGCUGCAAGGGAAAAUGGGAGGAAAUCUGAUCCAUAUGGUGGCACUAUAAAGCUCACCGCUGAUUUGCAGGCUUCAUCAAAACCUGGUCAAGGCUUCAUUACUACUCAUGACUGAUAUCCUCCUCCCACACCUGGUCACUGCGCUCUGAAGCUUCUCACUCUCUCCUCAGCAGCAGUAGUCGUCUGCCUGACCCCUGGGGUGCCUCACGAUUUUCAUAGACUCCUCACAGAGAAAUAUGAAGAUACUGGGCAAGGUUGCUUUCUUGCUUUUGCUCGGGGGAAUCUGGUGUCAGAACAACCGUAAUGCUAAAGCUACUGGCAAGUCCACCAAGAAGUCUGCUGGGAACCAGGGAGGUGAUGUUGGCCAGCCUGCCCCUGUAGCUGACCUGACUCCUGGAAGCACAAGAGGCACUGGAGGCACUGGAAGCUCUAGAGGCACUGGAAACACUGGAAACUCAAGAGGCACCGCAGGCACUGGAGGCACUGGUGGCACUGGAAGCACCAGAGGCACUGCAGAAGCAGCUGAAGCAGGGCAGGAGGGAGCUGCGGGAGCUCAAGAAGCUGGACAACAGACGGAUGACAUGAGGCUGCACUUCCUCAAGAACACCCAAGUUACAUGUAAUGAUGGAACAGCAGCUGGGUUUUACCUAAAGGAGUUCAGAGGAAGCCGCCGAUGGCUGUUAUUUCUGGAAGGUGGCUGGUGCUGCCACAGCAAAGAGACCUGCGAUUCCAGGUACCAAAAUAUACCCCGACUAAUGAGCUCAUCAGGGUGGCCCCAAACAAAAAGAGGGACUGGAAUUUUGUCUUCUCAAGCAGAGGAGAACCCACACUGGCAUAAUGCAAACAUUGUAUUCAUCCCGUACUGUUCCAGUGAUGUAUGGAGUGGCACUGGGCCUGCCCCGACCCCUCCCCCAAGGCCACGACAAGGCAGAGAGAAAGAAAGGGACAGAAAUACAAAUACAACUGAGUACACCUUCAUGGGAACCCUGAUCAUCCGCGAGGUCAUCAAAGACCUCAUCCCCAAAGGAAUCAAGCAGGCCAAGGUUGUCAUGCUGUCUGGCACAAGUGCUGGUGGAACAGGUGUUUUGCUGAACAUUGAGAGAGUGGCCAGUCAGCUGGAGCAGCUCGGCGCAGAGGCUCAGGUCCGAGGCCUCGUGGACUCUGGGUGGUUUCUAGAGAGUAAACAGCAGAGGUCACCUAACUGCCCUGAGACUAUUUCCUGCUCACCUGAAGAUGCUAUCAAGAUAGGACUCAGGCUGUGGAAUGGGGUAGUGCCUGAUAGAUGUCGGCAGCUUUAUAAGAGAGGAGAGGAGUGGCAGUGCUUCUUCGGCCACAAACUGUACUCAACCUUGACCUCUCCUCUGUUUGUAGUGCAGUGGCUGUUUGAUGAGGAGCAGCUGCGAGUGGAGAACAUCUACAUGGGAGGACAGAGUCUGUCCGAGGAGCAGUGGCAGUACAUACAGAACCUGGGCAGGGAGAUCAAGAACUCACUGACUGAUGUCACGGCUGUGUUUGCUCCGUCCUGCCUCUCUCACACAGCCAUUACCAGAAGUAACUGGAUGAGUUUCCAAGUUAAAGGCACCUCUCUGCCACGGGCCCUGCAGUGCUGGGACAGGAGUCUGGAGGCAACACGCAACAACAGAACUCCUGCAAAAGGCUGUCCUUUCCACCUGGUGGACACCUGCCAGUGGCCCCAGUGCAACCCCACCUGCCCAGCCUUAGUGGACCAGGCCACCCAGCAGGAGCUCACCCUGCUCCAGAUGCUGGUAGCCAUGGGCCUUGACCUCCAGAAGCUGGGCCUGGAUCCCCAGGGAGACGCAGAUUCUCUGGCCAGCAUGGUCAGCAAUGGUGGCUAAGUGUAAAUGUGGAUAGCAGCCUAUAAGAGAAAGCCAUGCAAAGGCUUGUUAGAGGAGAGAAUGGGUUGAAAUUUUAUUGUAACCACAGAAUUAGCAUAGAAAUCUGGUUACUACGUCUCGUGCUGCUCAGCAUUCCAUUAUGCUUCUUGUGUCGUCUGUUAAAUAAGUGACUGGUGGGUAUGUCACUGCAUCUGAGUCUGAGUGGUUUGGCUAGCGGACACCAGAGGAAAGAGCUUUGGGUCUGAAUCAAAGGUGUUUCAUCUGUACUAGUUGAAUUAGCUUUGAGAUUUAGCAGGUGGCUGGACAUACGGUACCUCCUACAAAACACUUUCAUCCUGAUCACUCUGCAUGAAAAUCAGACUUCGGAGCAUGGCAGUAGAGUUGAAUACUUUUAAUUCUCUACUUGCACGAUGUAGUGUGACUUAUAUCUGUUUUACAAAUUUCACGCGUGUUCACUUCCUGUCAGGGCUACGGCAGCAUUACCUACGUCUCCAACCAUAGUGAUCAAAGUGCUUUUUCAUCUUUAAGUUAGUCAACGUUACCUCACUUUCAGUUACCUUUGUACAUAUUGUUAAUUGUACUUACUUUUACUUUUGGUAUAUAGUGUUGUUAAUCAUUUUUAUUAUCACCUCAGUGUCUGAGUUAACUGUUAGCGGUGUUAGCUACUCUUAUGUGUUGCAUCACAAAAGUAAGGUGUUGAAGUAAUAUUCUACAUUUGGCAGUAAGGAAAUAAUUGAGACAUUAGUAGCAGGAUUUCAGGUACAUUUACUAUGUCACGUAACACAUUACCACCCAAAAUUAGGUGUUCAUUUGUUAUCUUGUUUCAUUGAUCAACGCUGCCCCACUUCUGCCAGUGCGUCACCAGCAAAAAAAAUAUCCCCGACGGGUUUUGUGUCUCGUCACGUCAUUAUAAGCUACAUUAUAGAAGGGUGCCAGUGAUGGGCACAUCUGGGUGAUGCCUUCAACGUCUACAAUGUAUCCCGUGCUGCUUUUGCGUCUAAAGGCUGCCUCUUAUACACAAACUCUCUUUCUGUUGCUGUUGCAGCUGACUGGGAACUGGCAGGUGGGUCUUCCAGCUCCGGUGUAUUAAUUUGCAAUCAUCAUAGUAAAUAACUUGUAUGUCAAUCCGUUUGAUGUGCUAACCUCAGCAUUUGUCUAUUGUGUUUCAUAUGAUAGGCCUAUAAUAUUAAUCCCUCUCUGAUAAUUGAUCAGAUUUUGAUCCUUUGUCUGCCUGUCCAUCAGUGUGUCCAUUUUAUAAUGCCUGAUCGUACUUAUACAGUUAUUUUGGCGAAAGUAAUGCAAAAGCAGUGUAACCUAAUACUCCAGACAGACAGUGAUAUUGUAAAGUAGCUUAUUAGUUUCAAAUGAAUGCAACUAGUAAUAUGUAAUGUAUUACAUUUUAAAACUUGUCCAACACUGCAUGUCGCUCAUGCCAAAAAUAUUAUAAAGUGACUGUACAUUGUCUUGCGAAAGUAAGCUAACCACCCUCUUCAUAAACUUGACGUUGCUUUUCUUUAUUUUAGUAGCCAGCUGGGCUAGCUUACUGGCCAAUCAAGCAAUUUAAAGACACUGAAUGAAUUAGCAAAAUGAUCAAUACACAAAUGAAUGGUAAAUACUAAUCACUCUAUGUACAAAGCUUGCUGUGAAAAGUGAAGUAACUAACUUAAGGAUGAUAAAGCGCAGAGGUGAAGGUAAUGUUACGGCAGAGUUGUCAUGAAGUAAACAGACAUGAAAUUUGUAAAAUGAAUAUAUGUCACACAACAUUGUGCGAGUAAAGAACAGAGGCUCCCACAAAAUGCCACAGGCACAAACAUGUUGCUUUGACAGGACUCAUAAAACACAUUUACACACCAUAUACUGUAGUUGUUAGCAUCUUAAUUAGCUUUAAAGAAAGAUUUACUGAUGCUCUUUCCAACAGUCAUACUUUUAUACAUAGUGGUUAUUCAUGAUGUGCUACAUUUUGAGUAUUCUGAUUUUUACAGAAUAAAAUACAACUCAGAACACCAGAAAAACUAAACUCAUACUCACUCAAUAGGUUUUUUUUUGCACACACAGUUCCAAAGACACUGAUUGUGAUUUUUGUGACUUAGUUUUAGUCUCUAGCUCCUGAUGCUAUCCUAACUUAUAUAUAUAGUAUUACAUUAUAUAUAUGUAGACAUAUUUUAUGUGCAUGUCAGACAAAAGUGUGAUUAGUUAUUGAUAUUUUUCUGUGUAGGCCAGCAGGAGUUUACUUAAUUCACCAGUUAAGUGCGAUAAUUAGAAAAAAAAACUUCCUAAAUAAACAAUAACGCUGUGGUUCUUCACCGCUCAGUUGUCAGCAUAAUCUAUAGUGGCAUACAUGGACACAAUACAGACUAUGUAUUGCAAUCCUUUAUUGUUAUCAACAUUUAAAACGUCUUUCACAGUGUAAUGCUAGUUUUGCAGGGCAUUUACAGAUGUUACUGUAUGUUUUAUUUUCAUCUAGGUACUGUAAUAACUCUGUCAACCCAUUAGAGUGUGACAAGAAUUGUACCUGCUGGUAACAAGUAUCAGACUAAGUUGUUGCUCAUGUUGAAAUGGGGAAUAAAGAUUUUAAUUGGCUCUGA